AUUCAUCAUAUACCCCUUUUUGGCGCACAGAACAAACAAUCGUGCAUACCCAACAACACGCUGGAUUAGUUUGAGUUGAACACCCUCGACGUCAGUAAUACUCCUAGUAGAUAGAUAGCCAUCCAUCCAACACCGCAGCGUCCCCAACCCACUCCAACACCAAGCCUCACUAUCUCCCCCUCACAAUGAACUCACCAUCCGUUCCAGUCCAGCCCAGUCCAAUCCAUCCCCACGCCCCAAACCAAAAACCCAAGUGCCGCGAACCCUGAACACCCCUAUCCCCUGCCAAACCUGUGAUUCGACCGCAUCAUCUACAGCCGUUCGCAGCCCCCCUCCCUACCCUGUCUCGCCUCGCCUCGCCUCGCCUCACCGCGCCGCACAUGCUCCACGCGUUCAAGCACGCAUUAUCCCCGCGAGCCAGCCAGCGCAUGCCCACGUGCCCAAUCACACCCCAGGCACAAAACCCCCCGCUCGCACAAGUCCAACGUGUGAUGAAAACGCCGCGCUGUGCAUGCAGCGCCGUGCGGUGCGGUGCGAUGCGGUGCGGUAGCUUGGGUGAUAAGGCGCUAUCUGGUUUAACGCGUGUAUGCGCGUCCGCGGUGUUUUACUGGCUGAUUAUUUGUGAGAUAGGUAUGUGACGUGGCUUGGCGAUGUGAUGUGACUCGGUAGAUAGACAUGCCAGUAGACGGCAACGGAGACGGAUUUCUGACAGCCGUUUGAGUCGCAGGGUAGGCAUGUGUUUUUGAUUUUGGGUCUAGACUUGUGGUGGGGUUAGCGUUUGUGAGGGGCGCUAUGGGUUGAUUUGGUUUUGGGUAUUUGCCGGUAGGUAGGUGAACGAGUAAGUAAAUAGUGAUCAACGG